AGGUGGUGGAGGUGGUAGUGGUGGUGCUGCUUCUGGUGGUACCGUGUUGCAAUGCAAAGGAUCUUCGGUAGUCUCUGGCGUUUCUACACGAAUGUGAACGCAGUUGUUUUACCGCAGAUCGCUCCCGUACGCCAGGGGAGGAUGGUCGCUCGUAGUAAGAACCACUCUACUAGUGAGCUUUAAUACACUCCGGCUUUUCUGUGCGUGUAAAAAACAAAAAUAAGCUUCGCGUUGACUGAUUUUGUUCUUCGUGGGCUCUCGAAGCUAAAUCUCUACUGGCAUGGAGCUGGGAGCGCACUGAUAGUAAUAAUUUAUGAGAAAUCAUUUUCUUAUUCAGAUCUUGGUUUUUAUGAAUUGCCUGCCAAAGAGGAACCCAGCCAGAUGUUUCCACAUUAUUCUAGUUUACAUGAGAUUUAUACAGAAACAAAUGCCUUCGUACAAAAUUCCAUGGGGGAUGAAGUAGUAUUAGGGGUAAGGAGUCUGUAUUGGGAGGGAGAAUGGGAAAGAUCAGAUUCGAUUGAUUGCUGGUACUGUGAUAUCAAAUCCAUAAACAGCAACAAGAUGGCAGUAAGUACUGACCAUCCGAAAGCUACCGCCGCCAAUGACAUAUUAACCGUCCUGCCAAGCCAAACCAGUGAGUUAAGCUCAACUGGUAUAGGUAAGGCCUGCCAGUCAGUGGCGCCAGUAACCACAAAAAACCCAACAAAUUUCUUUCUAACUUACGAUAAUAAUAAGGUAAAUAACGCAAAACAUAAUCAUCACAAGUACAGAAAGCAAAACACACUGGGCUUGCUUGGUCAGCUGGGCAGCUCCGCCAAUAAUUCUAAGUCUACUUUUAAGACAUUAAGUGAUAAUAAGUAUAGUUUCAGAAAUGUAAGCGUUAGGGUACUAAGUAUAAAUGUAUAUCUACAAGUUUCAAGGGGUGAAGUGUAUCGCACCAUUGGGGUACCUAGCCUAGUUAGGAUACCCAAGUCUGAUUGCCCCAAAUGGUUGCUAUGCCUCCCUAACUUUGACAACAGUUACUCUAUACUAGGGUUUCGCCUUGAGCUAGGCGACAACAAUAAGAUUAAGGCUCAUUUUAGUUUGAUAAGUAAUAAUAACUCCAAGUCUGUGAUAUUGCUCAGCUCAAUCAGGAACAGUGACCAUUGUUUCCUGCUUGGCGGUGGUCCUGUCGAGAUAGAUGCUAUUAUUACUCAGCAAUUCGGUAUUAUAAAGGAUGUUGCAAAGAGAUGGAAACUACUAGGUCAUAAGUAUGUCCUGGUUAUUAUCAAUUCUCAUGAGACAUCUAGACUGCUAAUCAGACGUUAUUGCAAAACGUCUAACGAUAAUUGUAACGUUGUUCGAUUAACGUUAGCUCUCGAUAAAUUAUGGAACCUAUUAUUAAAAUCGCAUUUCGGUGGCAUCGAUUUUUUAAUAAUAUCGGUUCCCAUAAUAAUAAUACUAAUAAUAAGCGAACAGAAUUUAGCGAUAUUCACCGCCAGUUCUUCCAUUACGCUUAUCGUUUCUGAAAACGAAGUAACUGACCACAUCUCGCGAUCUUUCCUGGAAAAUCUCAAGCAACUCCGUGUACAAUCUUUUACUUCUCCAUUAUCUAAUGUCACUGUUACCGAGCUGAUGCAACUCAUAUGUGUUCCAAUAUUAAAACAUUAUAAGGGUAAUAAUAAUAAUAAUAUUAAUAAUAAUAAUAAUAAUAAUAAUAACGAUAAUGAAUAUUAUAAGAAGAACAUUAGCAUCAGUAGUAUUGAAGAAGAAAUUAAUAGUAAUAACAAUAAUCCAGAUGUUAUCGAAGACAUUGUUGAGAUCGCUGUGUGCUACCAGACUAGUUAUAUAAAUACUAAUAAUGUUAGGAUCUUAGCGUUCGAAAAUGAUGGUAUUAGUCGUACCGAAGCAACAAUAUUUACUGUUGGUGCUCUUUUAUUUCAGGAUAACAAUAAAUAUAAGAAGCCUCUAAAUACUAGUUAUAAGGUUAGCGACUAUAGUAGAUCAGUGGGUUCUGAUCUUCAAUCUAACUUUAUCAUUAAGUCUGUAUCUAAGUCUAUGUUAAAUGAUAAACUUAGGAUUAAGUGUGAAAUGUCUCUAACCGCUCGAUUAAACGAAUCUGACAAGAGAAAGCAAGUUAGGUUGGCUGCCAACAUUCCUAUAAUGACUACCUGCGAGCCUACGAUGACGCUUACAAGCCAAUCAGCCACCAUCACAUCCCAAACAAUCGGUGUACCUGUAUGUCGAGCGGAUAAUAAUCAUCGCGUAUGUGACGAUGGGAUGCGAGCAGAAUUUUUGAAUACAUUUCAGAAUGACCAAAAAAUAUGUAUCCAGCGUAUGUUGUUGGCAAGUCGCACAGAUGACAAAUUAACGAAUGACUUGCGUCUUACAUUAAACAAAUCAACUAAACAAACUUACAUCGAGAAGCUCCGAUCUUUAUCUAUGGAUGAUUACGACAAUGAAGGUCCAAUGGAUUCUUAUUAUAAUCAUCUCAAGAAGGCAUCUAGUAAUCGUAGUCUACCAAAUUCUUACUACGAUAAUGAUAAUGAUUAUGAUUAUAAUUAUGAUUUUAAUGUAUGCGAUUUCGAUAUUAGGAAAUUUUAUUCCAAAUCAAUUGACUUACAAUGGUCUAGUUUAAUAUCGUAUAUACGCUAUUUAAUAUGUGCUUAUCAUAAAGCAUAUAAAAUGGACGGAACAAAAUCUGAAGAUCUAUUGGGACAAUUAAAGUAUUUAUUGAAUAUAUAUUUCGAUAAAUCAAUGCGACAAUUCAACAAGAUUUACGAGCCAAUAUUAAAUUACAAACAACGAUGGGGUAUUUCAACGAUAUUAAAAUUAGCAGGAGGUGGUGAAAGUUCGCUAAAUAGUGGAGGAGCUACUAAUUGGGGUUCUACGCAAACUACCGCACCCAAUAAUAAUAAUACUAAUCAAUCAGGAUGGGUUGGUACACCAGGAAAUGCACCUGGAAAUGCUGGUACACCUAGCAGUUGGGGUGGAAAUUCUGUAAAUAGAUCUGUAUCUGGUAAUCCCAAUCAAAAUCAGAAUCAAGGCCCACCUGGUACACAAAAUGCAUCAGGAAACGUGAAUAAAGUUAAUAAUCCGAAUCAACAAUCGAAUCAGCAAUCUGGUCCACCUACCUCUCAGUCAAAUUCUUCUCAAGGGAAUCAGAAUAGUAGUCAAUGGUCUCAGGGAAAAUCUAAUAAUCCAGGUGGUCCAGGACAAAAUCCACAAAAUAAUAACAACAGUGUUGUACAACAACAAUCGGGAAGUUCUACUGGUGGUAACAAUCCAUCUAAUAACAAUGCGCAAGGAUCUGUGAGUAGCGGAAACACAUCGGCUAGUAAUAAUCCAUCGACUAAGCAACAGCUUGAACAAUUGACUACGAUGAGGGAAGCGCUUUUUAGUCAAGACGGAUGGGGCUGUCAACAUGUGAAUCAAGAUACGAGUUGGGACGUACCAAGUUCUCCUGAGCCGAAUCCAGCCAAAGAUGGUGUUCCAAUAUGGAAACCAGCCGUAAACAAUGGUACUGAUUUAUGGGAAGCUAAUUUACGAAAUGGUGGUCAACCUCCACCUCAUCAACAAUCCAAAACUCCAUGGGGUCAUACUCCUGCAACUAACAUUGGUGGUACUUGGGGCGAAGAUGAUGAAACGACUGACACAUCGAAUAUGUGGACAGGUGCUCCUGCACCUUCUCAACCGAAUGCAGCUCAAUGGACUGCCGGUAAUCAAGCCGGAACAAAUUGGGCAGAUCCAAGAAUUGAUCAUAGAGAUCCACGUGAUUUACGAUCAGUCGAUCCAAGAGAGAUGCGAGAUCCACGAGAUCAUCGUAUACCUCAUGAUCCACGUGAUCAUAUGCGCGUAAUGGAUCCUAUGGCAAGAGAUCCAAGGAUGGGUGAUAUGCGAGGGGAUCCACGUGGUAUAUCUGGACGAUUAAAUGGUAGUAAUACUGAUGCCAUGUGGGGACAACCACCGGGUCCUCCGCAUCAUCAGAUGAGUCACCAGCAUCCAUCUGGUCCUCCUACUAAAAUGCUCAAUCCUACUAACAUGAAUCAAUGGGCAGCACCGCCACCAAAGGAUAUGAUGCCUGGUAAACCUUCCGGAUGGGAAGAACCAUCUCCACCAACUCAAAGGCGUAAUGUAACUAAUUAUGACGAUGGUACAAGCUUAUGGGGAAAUCCAGCAGCCAAUCAGCGCACAAUGCCUGCUACUAAAGUAUCACAUUGGAAAGACUUGCCAACCCCUAAUAUUGGACGUGGAGGUAUGCAAUGUCCACCAGGCAUGCCUCAGAAUAGAAUGCCUGGUCAACCAGGUAUGAAACCUGACGUAGGAGGUCCAGGAAUGUGGGCUCAUCCUGGAGCUCCAGGUGGACGUAAUGGAACAUGGGCAGAUGGGCCUCAUGAUACUACCUCUUGGGAUGAUCCCAAAACACCAGCUACUUGGAACGAGCCUCCAUUGAAUCCAGCUACUUGGGGUGGUCCUGCUACUCAUAAACAAAAAUCAAUGGGACCUACUGGUAGUUGGGUAGACUCUGACAUUGAUCCUACUCCUAGUUGGGGUCAUCCUGCUAAACCUACCUUAACCAAGGACUUUAUUUGGAAUAGUCGUGAAUUUCGUUAUCUUUGUGACUUAGGAUAUAAGAAAGAAGAUGUGGAGUUAGCUCUGAGAAACCGUGAAAUGAACAGAGACGAAGCCCAAGAACUUUUAAGUCAGAUUCGACCUCUUGAUCAAUGGCCACGUCGCCAUGAUACACAUUCUGGUUAUGAUCCAACUAAUCAACCAACAACUGCACCAGCAUACCCGAGAUUCAAUCAUGUGUCACAACCGAUGACAUUCCCACCGGCAUCACGUGCACCACAAAAUACACCAUCGAAUCAACAAUUGCGUAUGUUGGUGCAACAAAUUCAGUUGGCUGCCCAAGAAGGAUAUUUAAAUCAUCAAAUAUUGAAUCAAGCAUUAUCACCACAGACAUUGAUGCUGCUAAAUCAAUUAUUGCAACAAAUUAAGAUUUUGCAACAGUUGCAUCAACAACAUUCUGUCCAGAGUUCAUUGAAGAGCAACAGUCCAUCGGUUUUGCAAAUAAGUGUACAAAUAACCAAGACCAAGCAACAAAUUGCUAACUUGCAAAAUCAAAUAGCUAUACAACAGGCAACGUUUAUAAAACAACAACAACAACAACAACAUCAACAACAUGCCGUUAACAAUGCCCCACCAUCUCAAUCAUUGGAGUAUUACAAGACUUCUGUACAUGAUCCCAUGUCAGUUUUACAAAACAGCUUCAGUGAUUUGACAAUGAACAAAGAACCACCUGUUAGUCAACAACAGUCGAGAUUAAAUCAAUGGAAAUUACCAUCUAUCGACAAGGAUGGCGAUAUAGGAGCUAAUGAAUUUUCUCGUGCUCCUGGUACUACCAGCAAACAGUCGACAGCUCCUGGUGGUCUAACACAAUCGCACAGUAGCCCCAAUAUGAAUCCUCUGCUAGGUCAAGGCGAUGGAACAUGGUCAUCUAGACUUGGUGAUAGCGGUUGGCCAGAUCCAGGGAAUUCAGAUUCCUCGGAUGCAAAAGAUUGGCAACCUGGAGGUGCAGCGUUCACUGAUCUCGUACCGGAAUUUGAACCUGGCAAACCAUGGAGGGGUACCCAGAUGAAAAGUAUCGAAGAUGAUCCCAGUAUCACUCCUGGUUCAGUUGUACGCUCUCCCCUAUCACUGGCUGCUAUCAAGGAUCCUGAUGCUAUAUUUUCAUCAAGUAGCAAGACUUCACCACCGCCUCAAAAUCCUAAUCCGGAUACAUCGAUUCCAAGUUUAAGUAAUUCUACAUGGACAUUUAAUCCACCCGCUUCAACGCCUACUGCAUUUACUAAUUCGAAAAAUACAUGGGAGUCAGCACCACCACCAACUGCCGUUACCUCAGAACUAUGGGGUGCACCGAUGAGUAAAGCACGAGGUCCUCCUCCUGGCCUAGGAAGUAAAGGUGCUGGUAGCACCAGUAACGGCUGGGCUGCUGGUGGUUUAGGAGGUGUCUCUAAAUCAUCCAGUUCCUGGGGUGGCCUUCAAUCAAAUCCUGUUAGCAAUUCUAGUUGGGUCUCGACCUGGCUGUUAUUGAGAAACUUGACUCCACAAAUUGAUGGUUCAACUUUAAAGACGUUGUGUAUGCAACAUGGACCGGUGCAAGACUUCCGUCUAUAUCUGAAUCAUGGAAUCGCUCUUACCAAAUAUUCAUCACGAGAUGAAGCUAUAAAGGCACAAGGAGCAUUGAACAAUUGUGUAUUGGGAAAUACAACGAUAUUUGCCGAAUCGCCUGCUGACAGUGAAGUGCAUACUUUAUUGCAACAAUUAAGUCAUGGCGGUGGUCAACAACAAGCUGGUGGUUCUGGUGCAGCUAGUUGGGGCUUGAGACCGACAAACAAAGCUGGUCCACCUCCUGAUACUUGGGGAGGAAGUUCCAGCCAAUUGUGGGGUGCACCGCCAACGACCAAUUCACUAUGGAGUAACACGGGUAUCGACACCAGUGACCAGCAAAGAGCAACUCCUAGUUCUCUCAACUCGUACUUACCCGGAGACCUUCUGGGAGGGUUGUGGAGUUGCGAAGGGUAGCUGUGGGUGAAAUCAUACGUGAGUAAACAAAAUAAAAAAUAAAAUAAAAUU